UGCUCUGCUUUGUUUACGUUUCUUCCAUUAUCAAUUUUUUAUCAAACUCAAAGUUGUUUUUGCUAAUUUUUCUAUAUAAUUUGCUCUGAAUUUGUGGUUAAAAAAAUUGAAAAAUAUGAAUAUUAUAUUUUAAAAUUUUAAAUACUGUGAAAAAUAUUAUCCUUUAAGUAAAGAUGCCAUUGUAUCCAAACCAUCGAGAAAUUCAUGUUUACAACUAAGUCAACAUUCAUUAAUAAAAAUAAUCAACGUCACUGCCUGUCCGAUAAUCGUGGACCUGAUACAGCUACUUGAACACAAAUAUUUGAUUGAAAUUUGAAAUCCAGAAUGGAUAAUUUUGUAAAAAUUCUUGUAAAGAAGUCUAUAGAAACUAGGUGAUAAUACAAUUACUAUUGUAAAUACUGAAGCAGUCUGAAUCACAAUCAGAGAAUAUUGCAUCAUAAUAAUCUUCAGUCCUGAAAUAAUAAAAUUCAAAAUGGAUCACGUAAACUUACUAGAAGAGAAUUUUAAGCGAAUAAGUUCUCUACAAGAGAUGGCAACGUUUGAAAUAGCUCUUCAGUUAUGGUGUUUAAACGGCAUCGAAGAAAUGGUCAACCAAUAUUGCCCAGUUACUAGUGAAAUAAUUGGAGGAUCGCCUAAAAUGGAGGAUAUCGUGAAAAUGAUUCGAGUACCAUUGCAUUGUCUAUACCCAAAAUUACCCGUAUUCAUGGUCAACUCUAUAAUUCACGCCGUCAAGUCCAUAGGAAACGAAAUCCAAGCAUGGAAAAGAGUACCACAUCUCGAUGGUACAAUAAACGUUCGUCAAAUCAGCCCUAAAAAUUACUGCUGGUCUUCCAGUCGUACCAAUGAUCGUCCAAAGACAGCCUGUGUAUCGAAAAAAUUCAACUUGGAUGGUACCAAGAUGUGCCAGUGUUGUUGGGAUGGCUACGUCAAGGCUUUAUGGUACAAUACCGAUGCUACGAUGCAAAGAUUCUAUACUAAAUUCUUCGGUCCUUAUAAAUAUUACGCUCUUAUCUUCGAAAAAUUCUACUUGGAGCAUUUCCUCGAAGUGAACGUAGUCCAGCAGUAUUUCAAUCCGGAUGAUACUCCUUUGGAAAAUAUUUUUCAUUUAUCUGUCUAUUUCGUAUACAACGAAGCCGUAGUGCAUUAUUGGUGCCAACUCGACGAAUACCAACAAACAAAGAAUAUUAAUAAAGCCAUAGAUAUAUUUUUCGAUAGCUGCUAUUCGAAUAAUAUCAACGAAAGAAAAACCAGCACGUUUACCUUCCUAUGGAAUAAAUUAGGAACACAGAAACGUACAGAAAUCAUGGACUGUAGAUUCUAUCAUGUUCUACGUCUACUGCUACCCUGGCCAAUGACCGAAUACUUAGUACCAGUUUUGAACUUCAACCAAAACGUAGAUUACGAAGACCCCAUAUAUGUCCUUCUCCUACACGAAACAGCUAAGCGAAUACCUAGAGGAUUUCACAAAACCGACCCGUAUAGACAUUUAUUCACGCUGCUGUGCAGUAGAGCUCUCGCAGCUCUAAAAGUUUAUCGUGUUCAACAUUUAAUUUUAACAUUACUCGAGUAUCCGGAGGAUUUAGAUAUGGCUGUGAAUUUAAUGACCUAUUAUGAUUAUAGAAAGAAAAAACGUAUUUCCACUGAUUUAUUCUCGUAUCCUGGGUUAGUUCAGAAACCUUUAAUUAGGUCGUUUAUCGGCAGAGUUAGAAUGAAUCCUAGGUCGAGAUUUAGAAGGAUGAAUUACAUGAAUCGAUAAGGUUUUUAGACGAGUCGACUGUCUUUUAUCUACUUAUUAGGUUUGAUUUUUAAAAUACUGCCCGAUUCAACGAAAAUUGCACGUUUUUAAAAUGAUAAUAUUGAAUUUUACUGAAAGAAUGGGUAAUUAUGGUGCGGAAUUUCAAAAUUAUCAGUAUUCGAGAUUCAGAUAGUGUGAUUUAUGUAUUUUUUUAGACGAAGAUUACUGAAUUUGUGAGUAUUUAUGUUACUUGAUUUAGUUUUGAGCUACAGAAUGUACAGACCAGGAUGCAAUAUUUACCUACCAAAAUUUAUUUUAAUUGUUUACCUAUUUUUGUAUUUGCGCAUAAUAAUUGUAAAUUUAUAUUAAGUGCGGUACUUAAUUAAUCCGUUUUAUGUUUUUAUCACUUUGUUUUUAUUAUUGUGAGUUUUAUUAGAAAUAAAAAUAAUUUUUUUUCUCUUGA